CAUGGGAUGCUAACUGCCGUACGUCGUUAUUGCAUAAGCGAGUCAGUCGCAAACCUCAGGGAGGUUGUCAAACAUGUUUGGUGUGUUCAUCUUCAGAUGGUAUCGCUGGAAACUGAGGAAGUCUCAUUUGCACAAGACGGAGGAGGAGGAGGGUUGUUCCUGCGCCGAUUUUACAUAUGGGUGGUUUUUUGUUUUUUAAACAACUUGAAUCAUCUAUGAAAGUUAAGAACUUUCCCUUCCGAGGACAGGAAGUCUGGCUUCCAGGAAUCAUCUCGCUUGCAGAAGCUGCUUCACUCGGGGUUGAAGAGAGAGCCUAGAGGAUGGAGGAUGAAGAGGGAUACAUGACAAUAGACAGAGCAAGCAGAGAUGCCUACGCGCCACCUGUUCCCCCAAAGCCACAAGAAUCUCCUUCGAACUGCUGCAAAGUCACGCUGAGGGUCUUACUGGCAGUCAGCAUCGCUCUGAAUGUGGCCCUGAUCGUUGUUCUUAUAGUUUUCCAGGUAAGAAACAUGGAAGGCGGUUCCUGCUCGCCGAGUUCCCCCAAUUCAUGCGCCACGCUUCCAGGAAAUCCAACAGCCCGUGUCACUCUGGAUCCAGACACGGCCCACCGGCGGCUAGUGGUAUCCAAGGACGAGAAAAGUGUGCGAUGGGGAGAGGUGGAGCAGACUCUUCCCAACAACACCAAGAGAUUUAAUCAGCGCGUUUGUGUGCUGGGCAGGGAGGUAUUCGAUUCAGGGAAACACUGCUGGGAGGUUGGCGUGAAGGGCAAGGGGGAAUGGGCAGUAGGGGUGGCCAAGGAGUCUGUGAAGAGAGAAGGGCCGACAGACUUUAGCCCCGCUGCAGGCAUCUGGGGGAUAGGAGAAUACGAGGGACUCGGUAACUACAUAGCUUUCACCACUCCCCACACAAGGCUCUCCUUUCGCAAGAGGCCACAGUGGAUCCGUGUGUUUUUGGACUACACUGCAGGGCAGGUGGAUUUUUUCGAUCCGGAAACCCAGACCACAAUCUACACGUUCAGUUCAGUCAGGUUUAGUGGGGAAAAGGUUCUCCCUUGGUUCCGUGUGUGGGAUGGAACUGAGCUUAUUGUGCGUCCCUGAGACACUGGACUCCACACAAAAGGGUUCUGCCUCUGGAGCAGCCUAGGCUCUGUGACCCCGGAAGACCCGCCUGAUGUCUCUCCAUAGCACCUUCCCGUGUUUUUACAUUGUUUUCAAUUGUCUUUAAAUGGUUUGAUUUCAGUUGCAUUGUCCUGGGGUCCUUUGGAAGGAAAGGUGUAUUACAAAUAUAAUGAACAAUAAGGAAGAUCCUCUCAAAUUAUAGAAGCCUAGACUGAGCGGGAGGUUCCUAUAUACCGGUAGUUAAAUCUGUAUAAUUGCAAGCAAACUGGUUUUCUUUUUAAGGAAACCACGGAAGCGAGUAAGGGCGGAUCUACAUUGAUUGAUUAAACAUUAUUGCAUAUAAUGUUAUAUACAGUCGUACCUUGGUUCUCGAACACAAUCCGUUCCAGAAGUCCAUUCGGCGUCCGAAAACGUUCGAAAACUAAGGCGCAGUUUCCGAUUGGCUGCAGGAGCUUCCUGCACUCAAUCAGAAGCCACAGAAGCUCGGUUUCCAAAGAAGGUUUGAAAACCGGAAGACUUACUUCCGGGUUUUUGGCGUUCGGGGGCCAAAACGUAUGAGCAGUGCUUUCUUUCUGGGGGUACUCAGGGGUACGCAUACCCCUAAACAUUUUGUGAAUCUAAAUUUGGCCUUAUUGAGGGGCAGUAUUUCAAUAUGAGUAGGAAAAUGAGAAUGCCCCUAAACAUUUUUUUUGGGGAAAAGCACUGCGUACGUGUACUAAGGCGUUCAAGAACCAAGGUACGACUGUAAUGUUCAAUGCAGUUUUCCAUUGCCAGUGGCUUGCUGCUCUGCAGUGCCCUCUGGUGUCACAUUUUAAUGACGCAUUUUAACGUUAUAAACCUCGGGUGUAGGUCCUCCAUAGGUGCUUUGAGUAACUUGGGAGCAUGUGAGCCACGGGAGCAGGGCAACAUCCUACUUUGUGCUAAUCUGACAUCUUGUAUACAUAUUGUAUCUUUAAGCAUGGUUUAAAGAUUUUGCUUACCAGACAGCUGCAAAGCAGGUUUGGCCUAGCAGAUGAACCAUUUCGGCCGUCUGGAAUCCAUACUACUUUGAGAAAAAGUUCCCGUGUGUGUUGAGAGAACAAAAUUGAGACAGUUCAAACCUGGAUCCUGGCAGAGAAUAAUGCUAUUUUCAUAAGCCAUUUGGCUUUCUGGAUUCUAGGUCAAUCCCCACAAAAGCAGAAACACUUUGUUGUGUAAAUAUUUUGUCAGGUAAUAAAGCUUUGAGUUUUC